UCAAAGUUGUGUUACUGGACAUUAGCUCAAGAACGGUAACGGACAGCUGCUCUUUACCAUCCAAGGCACAUGUCAUCAGCGACGAACUGCAUGUACGUAACGGAUGACAACACCGCACUCGGAUCGCAUUACAAGCUAGAAACCUAAAACAAUAACAAAGCGUGACCACUCUGUUAUGUUUAAAAGCCACACAAAAAUUCUUAAACAAGGGCAAAUGAGCAGGUUACUGGACAAAUCAUAAAAACUUUGAAUGAGUGCAUUGCCUCCCUGCCUAAAGACAAGCUCCAGAACGUCAGCAGAAUUGGGGUGUCGGGACAAAUGCAUGGUGUUGUGUUCUGGAAAGCCAAAACAGGCUGUGAUUGGAUAGGUGGAGACAGCUCUCAGUUCUUCACACCUAGGGACACCAGUCAGCUGAUCACUUGGCAGGAUGGGCGCUGCAACAGGGAUUUUCUUUCUACGCUUCCAAAACCAGAAUCACAUCUCAGCAUAGCCACAGGCUUUGGUUGUGCCACUAUCUUUUGGUACAUGAGACACAGGCCAGGGUUCCUGUCUGACUUCACGGUGGCUGGAACCAUCCAUGAUUAUGUUGUAUCCAUGCUGUGUGGCUUGGAAAGCUGUGCCAUGACUGGCCAAAAUGCAGCCAGCUGGGGCUACUUCAACACUGCCACCAACCAGUGGAACAUGGACAUUCUGAAGGAUGCUGGCUUUCCUGUUCACCUCCUCCCUGAGUGUGUGCCAUCUGGCUGUAUAGCUGGACAGACAUGCUGUGAGUGGCAUGGUGUCCCCGCCAACACACCUGUGGGGGCAGCCCUAGGGGACCUCCAAUGUUCUGUCUAUUCCUCCAUGACUGACAGGACAGAUGCAGUUCUCAAUAUAAGCACUUCUGCUCAGUUGAUCUAUGCUAUGCCACUUGACUUCACCCCGCCAAACUGCGCUGAUCCCACCUCCACCAUCUUCUACUUUCCCUACUUCGAUGGCUCUUACUUGGCGGUUGCAGCAUCGCUCAAUGGAGGAAAUGUGAUGGCCAGUCUUGUAGGCAUGCUGAGUGGCUGGAUGAACGAGCUGGGGGUGGAAUCGAGCGACUCCAGUCUAUAUGAGAAGCUGAUCAGAUGUGCCCUGGGGGUGGACAGUAGUGACCUGAGGGUGAGUCCUACCAUCCUGGGGGAGAGACACGACCCGAUCAGCCUAGGCCAGGUGUCCAACAUCCACCCCUCCAACCUUUCACUAGGACACAUUACCAGAGCGGUGUGCCGUGGCAUUCUGGACAAUAUCACUUUUAUGAUGAACCCUCUUUCUCUGCUGGAGGCUGGAGUUCAAAGUAUCAAGGGUAGUGGUAGUGCCUUAUCUCAAAACGCAGUGCUCAGACAGGAAGCAGAGAGAGCAUUUCCUCUGCCUGUAGUGUAUGGACAGGAUGUGGACUCGGCUGUGGGCGUGGCUAUUGUAUUUCAUACCAGGCUGUGAGUUAUGAUUGAUACAGAGCGACAUAUAUUGUUUACUUGAAGAUUUUAAUACUUAAGUCAUAUUUUUUUGCUAAAUAUGGUAUCUAAUUAAAAGGGAAAAUCCUCAGAAAUCACUGUUGUGUACUAUUUGAAAAUCAUUGUACAGCCUCCAAUCAUAAUUCUUUGGUAUGGACUAAGCUCUAAACUAAAAUAGUGAAACAUGGCAGAUUGAGAUUCUGGUCUUUAAUUCAGUCAUUUGUGGACCACACUCUUUUUACUUUGUCUGAGACUUACAGUGGCUAAAGAAAGUCUACACACCCCUGUUAAAAUGGCAGGUUUUUGUGAUGUUAAAGAAUGAGACAGGUAAAUCGUGUCAGAAAUGUUUCCACUUUUAAUGUGACAUAUGAUGUGAACAAUUCAAUUGAAAGAAUAACAGAAAUUUUCUAGGGGUAAAAUGAAAAAUAAAAAGUGUGCACUCCCUCUUAUAACUGGGGAUGUGGCUCAGUUACUGGGAU